GAACCGCAGGGCCGCGCAAAUCCUGAGAAACUGUUUCCGCCGGAGUAUGCGUCACACAUGGCGCAGUUUUCUGUGGCCUGUCACGAAGCUCACGUCGACCAACGUGCUCUUCUGGACCUUCGGCGGAAAGAAGAACGGUCAUCUUGAGCUCCAUGUUUUUGCCAGCAUGCGCGAGGGAUUUGCGCAAUCCGUGCAGUAUGGAAGUGCAGACAUGGACUAUGCUCUUGUCCCUGUUCCCUGCACCGUGGGCUCCUUGGAGUCCACGACUGGGCUCGCAUAUGAAUUCUGCGAGCCGGGCUACGUGACGCUUCUCAUGCGGGAGGCUGGUGUUCACUGGGUCUGCGAAGAGAUUUUCAGUCAGGCUUGUGCCCACAAUGGAGACGCGUGCGGCAUGGUAAUAAACGCAGAGAUGGUGGGCCAGCUCUGGGCACCUCUCAUGGGAGGCGAGCAGAAUGGGCCCGCGAGCCGCCCUGACUUGAAUUUGUAUCGUGUCUUCAAGGAUGCUGAUGUGCAGAACCAGUUCCCCGAGCGAGACUUGCAUGUUCCAGUGGAUCUGUCUUUGCAGCUGAAAUGUGACAUUGAGUUGGGUGAGCAGUGGCUACUCAGAGAUCGGCAAGGUUUUCCGCCCAAGAACCUUGUUCGUUAUCUGAAUUCCGGUUCUGUUCGCCUAGUCCCAACUGGAUCACCCAAGAGCUGUGAGCCUUGGAGGCUUUGCUUUCCGGCCGCCGAAAUCGCCAUUGCAGAUGCCAUGGGCGCGAUGCAUCGACAGGCCAUGCAGCUCUUGAAGUUGCUGCGUGACAAAUAUGCAAGCGCCGCUGUGAAGCUUUCAUCGUUCCACAUAAAGAACGCGCUUUUUUGGGUGGCAGAGGCAGUCCCACCUGAAGGCUGGAGCGUCGAGCGCCUAUCCUUGCGAUUGCGCGAUGUGUGGGCAUUCCUGCGCAAAGCUUUCCAGGAAGGUCACUUUCCUCAGUAUUUCUGGUCUGGGCGCAACAUUUUGGACACGCUGACCCAGCCACAAAUAGCUGCAACCAAAGAGUUCUUGGAAAAAGAUGUCAUGACCUCACUGCUUUGCUUGCUGAAAGAAGGGCAGCUACGUCAUUCCUUUGGGUCGCAGGAUUAUUUUGUAAUUGUGCAGCCGACCCUCUCAGCAAUCGAUGCUCUUGACUCGGAAGAGAAUGGUGCCUUGAAGCGCUCUACGUGGCAAUCAAUGCAAUACACUCUUUUCUUCCAAGCCAUUUGUUUGGCCAGAGUCUUGCUGGGUGCGGCCGACAUGGUCAACAGCUCUGACAUGACGUGCUUAUGUGCCAAAGGACUUCUGCCACACUGUGAGGCGGUUGCAGCUUUUGUAGCGCCCUCAGGAAAAGACAGGCUGCCUGAUUGGGCCCUUGCGAUAGCCCUUGUCCUGUGGCUAAAUGGCGGGCAGCAAGAUGAAAACUUUCAGCGGGUGGCCAGAGGCUUGGGGAUAAAGCCGGGCUGUGAUGAUGAUGGAAGCCUAACGCGAUCAGCAUUGGUCCAAUGGCGCCUUGAGAAGACAGCCCUCGCCCAGCAGAUGCGCGUCGACGAGGUGCCGAAGCGCGGUGGGCGGCUCGAGAUGACGGAGAAUGGCUCGGACUGGAAGCCCUUCUACGAGGGCCCGGUGGAGGAGACUGGCGGUGGGGGCGACUGCCCCUGCCGUUCUUGCCGCUCCCGCUGCCAAGAGGAG